UCAGGCGGUCUAGCGGGCACUGCUGUUGAUACAGCACUGUAUCCAUUAGACACAAUUAAAACGAGGUUACAGUCAAGGACAGGAUUCUAUGCGGCUGGCGGUUUUCGUGGUAUAUACAGUGGACUCGGUGCUGUAAUCAUUGGAAGUGCACCCAGCGCUGCGGUAUUUUUUUUCACAUACGAACGCUUCAAAAAAUUGCUGACUGAACGCAGUUCUAAUGCUUACCCUCCGCCACUUGUCCAUAUGGCAUCUGCAUCAGCUGGAGAGAUUGCAGCGUGUAUAAUACGCGUCCCAACGGAAGUCAUCAAGCAACGAAUGCAAGUUUAUCACUUAUCCUCUUCUUUCGCUGCUGCAUCCUUUACGUUGAAAGAGCACGGCAUUCUGGGUUUAUAUCGUGGGUACUGGAGCACGGUUGCACGAGAGAUCCCAUUUACAUGUCUACAGUUUCCGCUAUAUGAAUUCCUGAAACAUACGGUCGCUCGUAAAAGCAACAGAGCACGCGUCGAACCAUGGGAGGCUGCGAUCUGCGGUUCAAUUGCAGGAGGUACCGCUGCUGGUAUUACAACUCCUUUAGAUGUUGUUAAGACACGAUUGAUGCUUUCUACAAAGUAUCACAUGGUUCAUAACUACUCGGGAAUAGUAUCAACAUUCCGUAGAAUCGUGGAAGAAGAGGGAAUACGUGCGUUAUUCUCUGGUGUUGGCCCACGUGUGCUGUGGAUUUCAAUUGGCGGUAGCAUUUUCUUAGGAGUUUACGAAAAAGUAUCAAAGACUUUGGAUGAAUACGAGAUUCUAACAAGCUAG